AUGGCUAAUGAGACCGACCUGUAUUGUGUGCCGGGAGCGACAAGUUUCAACAAAGUGUACAGCCGUCUUCACGGCUACAUCGCCAUCGUAAUAUGCAUAGUCGGUUCUGCGACCAACUCUAUAAACAUCACUGUUUUGAGUCGACGGGAGAUGUCCAGUCCCACCAACUCCAUCCUCACUGGACUAGCCGUGGCAGACCUCUUGGUGAUGCUCGAAUAUAUACCGUAUGUGUUGCAUAUGAAUAUCAAAAUCGGACCGCAAGUGAAUAAGAAUACUUAUGCGUGGACCGUUUUUGUUUACUUUCAUUCCAUAUUCAGUCAGACUUUUCACACGAUAUCCAUCUGGCUGGCCGUCACUCUAGCCGUGUGGCGAUAUAUAGCGAUCGCGUACCCCCACAGGAAUAGAUCGUGGUGCAGUAAGCGAAAUACUUCCAUCGCCAUCGUGAGUGCCUAUGUGAUCUGCCCCUUUCUGUGUUUACCUAUUUAUUUCGCAAUGAAUAUAGUGUCGAGCGAAGUGACCGCGAAAAACAAUUCCCAGUUCGCGGAGGAUUUGUCGUUACCGCAAAACCGGACCGUUUACGUUCUAGAAAUGUCUAAGAAUAAAGAACUGGUGACGGCCAUUAUGUGGAUUUACAGUGUCAUACUUAAACUCGUUCCCUGUAUAGCGUUAUCGAUACUGAGUUCGUGUCUGAUAUCGAAAUUAACGACGACAGACAGAAGGAGACAGAAACUACUGAAGCGCUCGAGCGUAGGGCCCAACGAGGCUGAAAAACAGUGUUUAGCAGAAGAGUCAAGUGCAGGGCGGCGUUCGAGUCGAACAGACAGAACGACUAGAAUGCUGUUGGCGGUCCUAGGGCUGUUUCUCUCAACGGAAGUGCCGCAGGGCUUAUUAGGGCUAGUCAGUGCUUUGGCGCCUGACUUCUUUAAAAGUUGUUAUAGCAUGUUCGGUGACCUAAUGGACGUCCUCGCACUGUUCACAUCAUCUGUGAACUUUGUUCUGUACUGCAGCAUGAGUCGCCAGUUCAGGUGUACCUUCGCCAGACUCGUUCGACGUAUAUUCUCAACCGCUGAAGACUCCCCGAAGCUAGCUGUUAAACAGGAAGCAACUACACAGGUAACCGGACCUCUUUAG